UAUGCAUAAUUGAUAUCAUAGUAUUAUCUAUACAGAGAUUUUACAAAUAGGGUUGAGCAACGCCUUGUAUGAGAGUAGACUAGGCUAUUUUUAUAUUGUUAACUCUUUUUUCAUCAUGAAAUCUAAGUGAUAUGCACCUUAUUGAACCAAACAACAAAUUUGGUUUUCCAAAUAAAAAGCAAUUGGAUUCGCAACACGUGAAAUUCUAACACUACACACUUCAAAUGUUCCAAACUGAAACCAUGAGAAAUAUAACAGAGUCCUGUCUUGGGGAGGCCAUCUUUUGGUGUCUAGACUUCAAGGUUGAUUAGCUAGCAUAAAGCCAACACAAGGGUGGAUCCUCCAAGCAUUCUUCCUCGGUUUCUUUCAUAGUACAAUCCUUGCACACGAAUCAUCGUGUAACUGAUGAAUUUCAUUGGUCGAAAAUCAAUCACUGAUUCAAAAAGAGAAUUUAUUUUUCCUACUAGAAGCACCUAGUAUCCAUCUGUUGAACAGUGCUUGGGUGCUCUGCUGCUGACAGCUUCCCUCCUUGAGACUUUACAUCAGAAGUCAUGCAAGUACGUAUUUUUCGACAAUAUUCAAAGCCUACAACUAUAAAUGCUAUAUCAAAGAAUAACCACAUAUGGUUCAUGUAUCUGCUGUUUCUGUUGCAAUGGCUUUUACAGAGGAACAUAUUAUUUGUUAAGCUGUGUGGAUUAUACAAUUAUUCUCUCAGUCAGCUAUGUAAUUAUGCCCACCAGGCACAUGUUUUAGCUAAUGAUUCAUUGUUUCUUGUUGGGUAUUUAACUGAUUUUUUCUUGCAAUAUUGUUUAAUCAAUGAACUUUAUCAGAUUCAAGAAUAAUUUCUCAGAGACUUGGCUAUUCCGAAAUGGAAUACAGGGGUGAGUUUGUGUGUCUCAGGGGGAGAGUACACAAGUAUAUUAUUACCUUUCAAUAUGGAUAUACUUUUGGGAAGUGACUUGGGGUCCAUACACAACAAUAUACAUAAUUUUUUAUAAGCAAAUAUAAGCAAUGCAUUAUAUUUGUAUAUAUUACUUGAUCUUAUCUGAUAUCAAUGCCUCAAAGCACUGACAUUGGAUUCUUUGCCUCCCAUUGGAUUCUUUUCCGAAUAUUUUGAGCUCGAGCAUCUAAUAUCUUUUUGUACCGAUAACGAAGAACUUAGGCAUCAAUUGUCAACCAUUGAAACCAACUGAUAUAAUUCAGCUUUUGCAAGUUCCACUCCAACUGAAGAAGAAUCAUUUCAGUACUUGGAAUGGCUUUAUCCAGAAACACCACUAUUACUAAUAUUGGUAUUCCUUUUCUUUUCCUUUGUGCUUUCCUUGCCCAAGUUGGCCUCUGUUAUUCUGCUAAGGUCUAUGUGGUCUAUAUGGGAAGCAGAGAUGGUCAUGACCCAGAUGAGAUUUUGAUGCAGAACCACCAAUUCCUCACUGAUUUUCAUGGUGGAAGUGUUGAACAAUCCAGGGCAUCUCAUGUCUACAGUUACAGGCAUGGUUUCAGAGGCUUUGCAGCCAAGUUGACAGAGGACCAAGCUUCUAAAAUUGCCAGUAUGUCAAUACAAAAGUAGUAUUUACUAUUAUCUUUACCAUUUCUCAUCAUAAUUGAUUGAUUUAUAUCCAUGGCUCUGAAAAAUCAAUGUCAUGGUUUUAAAAAUUGAAACACAGAAGAAGUGGUUGGAUCAUACUAUGAGUCUCCCUAGUUGUGAUUGGAUCUCCGGUUAGAAAAUUAGAAGGAAAAUUGUAAAACACAAGACUUAAAAGGCCCGUUCGGGAGCCGAAAUUGCUUAAUGACCACCGGAACCACCAAAACUUGGCAUGGACAGAUUUUUCAAGCCUAAAUAGACUUGUAGGAACAAACAGGACCUCGAUUGGAUUUCCGGUUAAAAAAUUAGAAGGAAAAAUGUAAAACACAAGACUUAAAAGGCCCGUUUGGGGCCUGAAAUUUCGAAAUGACUACCGAAACCACCGAAACUUGGCACGGACAGCUUGUUCAAGCCUAAGUAGACUUGUAGGAACAAACGGGACCUCAAUUGGAUUUCCGGUUAGAAAAGUAGAAGAAAAAAUGUAAAACACAAGACUUAAAAGGCCCGUUCGAUGGCCAAAAUUGCAAAAUGACCACUGAAACUACCGAAGCUUGGCACGGGUAGCUUGUUCAAGCCUAAAUAGAGUUGUAUGAGCAAAUGACACCCGAUUGGACUUCC